CAGACAGCAAGGAACCUUGAGCCUGCCGGCAACUCUAACGACGACGAUGGCCGAAGGGGACGGUCCAACUCCAGCCCGCGGCGCUCGCGUCGUGCUGUUCCCACUGCCGUCCCAGGGCCACCUCAGCCCGAUGCUGCACCUCGCCAGCGCGCUCCACGCGCGGGGGCUCGCAGUCACCGUCCUCCACACGGCGUACAACGCGCCGGACCCCGCGCACCACCCGGGGCUAGCCUUCGUCGCCGUGCCCGACGUCAUCCCGGAGGCCGUGGCGGCGACGACGAAUGGCAUCGCGAAGAUCCUCGCCCUGAACGCCGCCAUGGAGGCGUCGGGGCACGUCCGCGGCGCGCUCGCGUCGCUCCUCGCGGAGGAGGCGGGCGGACAGCGGCUGGCGUGCCUCAUCUUCGACUCCACCCUCUUCGCCGCGCAGAAGGCCGCGGCUGGCCUCGGGCUGCCCACGCUCGUGCUGCACACCGGCAGCGCCGCCGGCUUCCGUCUGUUCAGGUCCGACACCUACAACAUGCUCCACGACAGGGGCUAUCUGCCAGCCACAGAGUCCAACCUACACAUGCCGGUAAAGGAGCUGCCGCCUCUGCAAGUGAGGGACCUGUUCGACCCAAGCAAGCUCCCCAACAAGGAAAUCGUGCAGAAGAUCUUGGGUCGCGCCACGGAGAGCACGACGAACUCGUCCGGCGCAAUCCUCAACACGUUUGAGGCUCUCGAGUCCCGCGAGCUCGAGAUGAUCCGGGACGAACUUGCCGACAGAGGUAUCCCACCCUUCGCCGUCGGCCCGCUUCACAAGCUCACCGCCGCCCCCUCCAACGAUGGCGCCGACGAGACUAGUCUACUCAGCCAGGACCGCGUCUGCAUGGAGUGGCUAGACGCACGGGGCCCUGGCUCCGUGCUGUACGUGAGCUUCGGCAGUGUUGUUCAUGUCACCGCGGACGAGUUGGUGGAGAUCGCGUGGGGCUUGGCGAACAGCGGCGUGCCGUUCCUGUUGGUGGUCCGGCGUGGCCUUGUGGUCGGAGUGGACAAGCAGGAGCUCCCGGACGGGUUCAUGGCGGCCGUGGAGGGCAGGGGCAAGGUGAUCGAGUGGGCGCCGCAGCAGGAGGUGCUAGCUCACCCGGCAGUCGGAGGCUUCUGGACUCACAACGGAUGGAACUCCACGCUGGAGAGUAUCUAUGAGGGGGUGCCUAUGCUGUCGAGGCCCAUCUUUGGAGACCAGUUGCCAACGGCAAGGUACGUGUGCGACGUGUGGAGGAUUGGAGUUUUGCUGGAGGGUGUGCUGGAGCGGCGGGAGGUGGAGAAGGCCAUCAAGAAGCUGAUGGAAGAAGACGAGGGAGUUGGUAUCAGGGGAAGAGCCAAGGAUUUGAAGGAGAAAGUGCGGAUGUGCCUUGAGAGCAGUGGGUCUUCUCAACUUGCCGUCGAUAAGUUGGUGGAUCACAUACUUUCUCUUUGAGUUUUUUUUUAUCACACAAACACUGUGUUGUGUCUGUUCAUGGUUUCAACUCAAUAAAUUAAUAACUGCUGGUUUAUGAUACGCUGGUGGUUUCGCUUUACAUCAUUGUUAGAUUGAAAAAGGGCCUGUGGCGAAUUUAUGUCGGCCUAAAACAACCAUUGUAAAUAAGGUUUAGACCCUCAUAAAUAAUUAUUACAUCUGUUUAGACUUAUUU